GAAAAAAGUGAAAGAAAGUCGGCUAAUUACACAACAAGUUUAAUCAGGAAAAGAAAUAUUUAAUUCGAAAGCAUACACGCUGUCGCUGACCGCAGACAACUUCUCCCCGUUUCUCUCUCUUCUCUUUCUCUCUCCUGAUCCUUUUCAACCGUACACUAUAAUAUUCUUCCAUCUUAAGCUUCCAGCAAUUUUUUAAUUUUUUGUAUCGUUAUUGGAAUCGCACUAUUUAGAUCUAGAAAAUCUGCGGUUUGGAGUUUGUGAGCGGAUUUAGUUGAAGGAUACAGUCGAUAAGGAGAUGGCAGGCCGUUACGAUCGGAACCCGUUUGAGGAGGAAGAAGAAGUGAAUCCAUUUGCUGACGGAGGGAGAGGAAAGGCAUCAGGACAACCAAAAUUUAGUGGUGGCCCAUUUUAUAAUUCUACUGGAAGCGUUCCACCUGCUAUAAACUCAAGGCUCUCACCCCUCCCUCCAGAGCCUGCUGAUUUCUACAAUCCUACUGCGCCAGUAGAUAUUCCUCUUGAUAGUGCUGCUGACCUAAAAAAGAAAGAGAAAGAGCUCCAGGCCAAGGAAUCCGAACUCAAGAGAAGGGAACAGGAAGUUAGGCGGAAAGAAGAGGCUGCUGCACGAGCUGGUAUUGUUCUUGAGGAGAAAAACUGGCCUCCAUUCUUCCCCAUCAUUCAUCAUGACAUCGCAAAUGAGAUACCGAUUCAUUUGCAGAAGCUGCAAUAUGUUGCAUUUACAACCUUGUUGGGACUCUGUUUUGCCCUUCUGUGGAACGUUAUAGCUGUAACUACUGCAUGGAUUAAACUGGGAGAUGCAAAGAUCUGGUUUCUUGCUAUCAUCUACUUCAUAUCUGGGGUUCCAGGAGCAUAUGUUUUAUGGUAUCGACCACUUUACCGCGCUUUUAGGACUGAAAGUGCUAUGAAGUUUGGGUGGUUUUUCAUGCUUUACAUGCUGCACAUUGGCUUCUGCAUUUUUGCUGCAGUUGCACCUCCUGUCGUUUUCAGAGGAAAAUCUUUAACAGGUAUCCUCCCAGCUGUUGAUCUCGUAGGCAAGCACGUGCUAGUCGGAAUUUUCUACUUCAUUGGAUUCGGACUUUUCUGCCUCGAAUCAGUUCUCAGCAUUUGGGUCAUACAGCAAGUAUACAUGUAUUUCCGAGGCAGUGGCAAAGCUGCAGAGAUGAAGCGCGAGGCAGCGAGGGGAGCCUUGAGAGCAGCAAUUUAAUACCUCAAGAGCCAUCGAUAGAUGAACAUAUGUAAAUCAUAUUUUGAAAUUUGUGGUAUUCAAAUAUUGUUGUUGAGAAGACUUUUUGAGGGAAGGACCAGAAAUGGAUAUAGAAGCUGCACCUGCUCUGAGUUUGUUGAUUCAUAGAUUGUUUCUUUGUAAAUUGAUUGUUUGGCAUUACUGUUUCAUUUUAUAAAUACAAUUAGUUACAUUUUCCUGA